AUGAGUGUGAGAGGCGAGUACACGUGCCGCGCGGAGUUUGACGCGUACAUCGCCACGGCGACGCUCGAGUCGCUCGACAACAGUACGGGGAUUUUACGCGUCUGGUUCCUGCUGCUGGAGGGGCUGGCGGGAGCCGCCGUGACGUGCCCGCGCGCCUACCAGCCGCACACGCUAGAGCUGCUGUUCAGCCUGCUGCAGGAGUCCGCAGAAGUACCAGGAGUGACGUUUGCCGUCUACUGCGUCAACCACCUGCUGCUGCCGAUGCUGCAAGGAUGGAUGCGGCGGAACUCGCAGGUGAACGGAUUCUGGGAGAGCUCGGUGACGACGAACUUCAAGCAGAGCUUCGGCAUGUGUUCCGACAUCGUCAUGAAGUUCGUGACGACGUACACGG